AUGGAGAUCCGACCAGACAGGUUUAAGGCGGUCGCGGGCAAAACUCUGGGGAAAAUUCACAGGCUGAUUGAGAAACGGCAGCCAAAUGGAGAAACCAUCGAGUUGUCGGCAGAGGGUCGUCCUGAGCUGGUGGAGGAGAAGGAGCUGCCGGUGGUGGACUGUACCUGCUUCGGUUUGCCCAGGAGGUAUAUCAUCGCCAUCCUGUCUGGCCUGGGCUUCUGCAUCUCGUUCGGUAUCCGGUGCAACCUGGGAGUGGCCAUCGUGAGCAUGGUCAAUGACCACACCGUCUACAGAGGCAAUAAGGAGGUGCUUGUGGCUGCACAGUUCACCUGGGACCCUGAGACGGUGGGGAUGAUCCACGGCUCCUUCUUCUGGGGCUACAUCGUCACACAGAUCCCGGGUGGCUUUAUAUGUCAAAAGUUUGCCGCCAACAGAGUGUUUGGUUUCGCCAUAGUGGCCACAUCCACGCUCAACAUGCUGAUUCCAUCCGCCGCCCGCUGCCAUUACAGCUGCGUCAUACUUGUCAGGAUAUGCCAGGGCCUUGUUGAGGGUGUAUCAUACCCAGCCUGCCAUGGAAUCUGGGCAAAGUGGGCGCCUCCUCUCGAGAGAAGUCGAUUAGCCACAACGGCCUUUUGUGGAUCCUAUGCAGGGGCAGUGGUGGCGAUGCCUUUAGCUGGGAUACUGGUGCAAUACACUGGGUGGCCUUCAGUAUUUUAUGUUUAUGGCAGCUUUGGGAUAUUCUGGUAUUUGUUCUGGGUUCUGGUGUCGUACGAGAGUCCUGCAGCUCAUCCCACCAUCACACCAGAGGAGAGGAAAUACAUCGAAGAAGCAAUCGGGGAGUCUGCAGCGUUUCUCAAUCCUCUCCAUAAAUUUAAAACCCCGUGGAGACACUUCUUCACCUCCAUGCCAGUCUACGCCAUUAUUGUGGCCAACUUCUGCAGGAGCUGGACUUUCUACCUGCUGCUCAUCAGCCAGCCAGCCUACUUCGAAGAAGUGUUCGGCUUUGAGAUCAGCAAGGUGGGGAUGGUCUCAGCUUUGCCCCAUCUGGUGAUGACAAUCAUCGUGCCAAUUGGCGGCCAGUUGGCGGACUACCUAAGAACCCACAACCUGAUGUCCACCACCAAUGUCAGGAAGCUCAUGAACUGUGGAGGCUUUGGGAUGGAGGCCACCCUGCUGCUGGUGGUGGGAUACUCUCACACCAAAGGCGUCGCCAUUUCGUUCUUGGUCCUCGCUGUGGGUUUCAGCGGGUUCGCCAUCUCAGGUUUUAAUGUGAAUCACUUGGAUAUCGCGCCUCGAUACGCCAGCAUACUGAUGGGCAUUUCAAACGGAGUGGGAACAUUAUCUGGGAUGGUGUGUCCUCUCAUCGUGGGGGCCAUGACCAAACACAAGACCCGUGAGGAGUGGCAGGGUGUCUUCCUUAUAGCUUCCCUUGUUCACUAUGGAGGAGUGAUUUUCUAUGGACUCUUUGCAUCAGGUGAGAAGCAGGCGUGGGCAGAUAUAGAGGACACGAGUGAGGAGAAAUGCGGUAUAAUUGAUGAGGAUGAACUGGCCAAUGAGACGGAGGAGCUUUACCGUGGAGGUGGGCAGUAUGGCGCCAUGAGCCAGCAGGUGGUCGGGUCCAACGGAGGAGGAGGUGGAGGAGGAGGAGGAGGAGCCGGGGCAGGAUGGGUGAACGACUGGGAUAAGUCUGAGGAGUAUGUGCAGCCGCCUGGAUACAACUCCUACAUGUAUGGAGGAGAGGAGGAGAAGAAGCUGACAUAG